UGUGUGGGUGCGCCACCUUGCGUUCGUUAUUGAUAGCCAUUUUGGUCGUUUCUGUUGUUCCGUUAGAGAAAGUUAUGAGCACGAAUUCCGGUGCAUCGUAAGUCGUCGAUUGGCACAUCCCCAACCAACCACUCUUCCCCACCGCUGUCGGCACCGCCGCCCGCUAAACAAAAAAACAACUAAAACCAUGUCCUCAAAGCCGCCAAACCACAUCGACUUGUACGUGCGAGCGGGCAGCGACGGUUCGUGUUACGGCGCGUGCCCCGUCUGCCAGCAGAUAUUCAUGGCGCUGCUGCUGAAGGGCCACACGAAGGAGCUGCAGUUCACCGUGACGACGAUCAACAUGGCGAAGCCUCCCGAGACGUACCGGCAGCUGUCGACGCGCGUGCCCGUCAUCGUGCACCAGGAACGCGUCAUGGAGGACGCGAACGAGAUCGCCCAGUACCUCGACCUCAACUUCCACGAUGUCGACCUCGCGUACGGCGCCGGCGGAGGCGGCAAGCCGGCCGAGAAGGCCACCGAGAACUUCUUCUCGAAGUUCGCGUUCUACAUGCGCGAGGUGACGACGGACCCCGCGCAGCUGCUCUCCGAGCUCUCCCGCCUUGACACGUUCCUCGGCGGAGCCGCCGCCGACACCACCUACCUGUGCGGCGACGAGAUGACGCACCUCGACUGCAUCGUGCUGCCGAAGCUGCAGCACGUUCGCGUCGCGGCGCGCGCACUGAAGGGGUUCGACAUCCCCGCGACGCUGACGCACCUGUGGCGCUACUUGGGAAACGCGUACGCGUCGGACGUCUUCAAGAAGACGUGCCCGUCGGACUACGAGAUCGCGUUUGCGUGGUCGCAGAAGCCCGGCAUUCCGCGGCUGACGGCGAAGCGCGAGGCCGAGUUGAAAUGCAGGGGCACGUCACUCGACGUUCCCAAUUAACGGGUCGGGCACUGAGGCUGAGGGAGGGCAGGCGGGCGCGGAGGCUGAGGGAGGGCAGGCGGGUGCGUUCGUUGUGCGUCGGGGGGAAAUGCCUGCCGUCGAACCUUUGCGGCGCCUUCAGCACCACUUUUGGCACCGUGAGAUUUUUUACCACUACUAGCUGCGCGUAGAAAACAUAUUUUAUUAUGCAGUAGGAGUCCGUACGCGUGCGUACAGGUUGUGGGGGUUCCCGAUGUGAGGUGUUAGUUGUGGCAAGCCUCUUUCUGGAGAGAUUCCCCCUUUUUAGCAUGGAGAAUAAGUGCCGAAGUGACGAUAUUAGAAUAGAUUUUUGCAGUCGUAGCUCUUACACGAUAUGUGAUGAUUCGCAAUCACCGAGCAUGAUUUAUGUAUAGUUUUAUCUAUUUAUAACAUAUCUCAAAAACUUUCACGUUAUAGCCAAACAGUGUAGUUACCGUAUGUUGUUCUGAGCGUGAAAACCUUUGUCAUCGUCUGUGCAAUAUUCGUGUCCUGAAUAGUGACUAUUGUGUUGGCUUUCAUCGUGCGUGGGUUGUUGCUGUCACAGGGCACUUUAUUAACGUGCAUCCUGUGCUUGCAUAAUUUCAUGCAACGAGUGAAAAUACGAGCUAGCAAGUUACGGUUACAGUGAAAAUGUUUGGAAUGGAUCUUGUGAUUCUGUAAUGUAGCAUGUAACUUACACUUGAUCGUGAAUUCAACACUGACAUACAAAUGCAGUACUUAUUGUGAUAUGUAUCAAGCAGUAAUUAACUAAUUGUCUCCAACUGCAAGUCAAAAGUAAAGUCCAACCAAAGCUAGUCAGUUAUAAUAUAAAAGUCUUGAAAUUGUGAAAGUAUUUAAGGGUGAGAAUUCUUGGCAAGAUAUUCUCUCUGCGUGAACUCUCGUGCAUAAAUCACAAACACCAAAAAUUAAAAUAAUGGCAUUUUUAAUCAUAUUUAAACCGGUCUUAGUCGGAACAUGUGUUGUAGUGCAGUUUUUAGCUGUUGCUUUUGAAGAUUUAGUUUUAUAUAUGUGCGUGUUUAGAUAUGCUGUGUGAAAUGACUUUAGCACGCAUCGGCGUUAUUUCUUUAUUUCAUAAUACGGAUUUGGUAGUGUAGUAUAUAUAUAUAUAUAUAUAUUAUAUUCUUGUCUGUUGAUAUUGUUACACUCAUUACCCAACACCCUGUGUGGAUAUGCAGGAGGUUAUUAUGUUAUGGUUGUAUAAUCUCUGCGAUAGGGUCAAGAUUCUCUUACUCACCUUUCCCCUUUCUCGCCCUCCUCCCUCAACCCUCUCUCCCUCUCCCCCCCCCCUCUCUCUCUCUCUCUCUUUCUUUCUCUCGCUAUCUAUCUUCCCUUCCUCCUCUUCGUCCACUACCACCCCAGUCUGCUUCCUUCUCUACCCUCUUCCCUCUCCCUCUUUCUCUCCCUGGAGACCACUUUUAGCUCGCCCAUAGCUGAAGCUGAUACUCAGUAGGAAGUCGAGUGGAUUGAUGAUAUCAAUGCUAGAGUUGAAAUUUAGACUGCUCGCAGAAGUCUCUAGCUGCAACGUCGUUUAGUAUCCGCGACGCGUGGAGGCAGUCUAGGUGAAAUUCUGUGUAAUUGAAGCGACCGUGCAAUCAAUAUGGUAUUCGCUGGCCAUGUUUACACGUGACCCAACAUAAAUGAGCGUUAUUCUACGACUAGGGAAGUUCAAUGGCACACUCACACUCACUGCAAUAUUUAUUCAACAUCCUCGGUUAUAUCGGGAGUGAAGUAAUAACUACUCAUUUAUUUGAGUACACUGCUCGUUACGUACAGCGUGUUAAGUUUAUAGCACUCGCGCGCGUGUAGAAAAUGAUUUAGUAUUGCUGGAAAUUCGCAAUCUCAAUAAGCAAUGGUUGUAUAGCUGUGAUUGUGAUAUCAAAUACUGCCCCUUAGUCAUUGUAUCAUCAAAAAGCUGUUAGCGCACUUUUAACUAUAUAACGUCUCACGACGUGCUAUGAUCAGGAUGGUCGUUAUAUAGAUAUUUUAGUCUAUAUCAUGACACUCCUGCUUGUCUCCCAUAUCCUGGUUGUAUUAUUAUGCGCACCUAGUUGCCGGUGUUUGCUAUAAUAAGGAGUGUAUAGUAUAAUCUAUAUUAUACACUUCUGCUAUAAUUAUACCAGCAACACGUAGGUAUAGGUAUCCCCUCUCACGGCCACGUUACACGUGGCGAUGACAUUUAAGUUUGACACAUCAAUGACGUUUCCCCGAAAGAUUUUUCGUCGUUUCGGUUCGAAGGGAAUUUUGCCCUUGCUCAGCCAAAUAGUGCCUGCCAUGUAGCUCCCGCAGCCGCGUGAGUAAUAUAUCCUGCAAUAGAUGCAAAUGUCGUGUGAUUUUACCCUUGUAUUCGCAGCUAUUUCUGGCGCUGCGUGUGCUUCCGUUAGCAGUAUUUAUGUUAUUAGGCCUACAGUCGCGCCUACGACUGCUGUACCUCCAUACACACACACACACACACUCACCAUACUGUGUGAGGUAGUAACGGUGUGGAGUUUGCAUUAUCGAUUAUUUUUAUGUUGUAUUUGUUUUAGUAGUGUGCAUACAUGUAUAGGUGAUCAAUUUCAAACCAAAUAAAACGAGUGAUUUGCGAUGUUACGACACGAC